AUGUCGCAAAACAUCCCUGCCUGGAAGAGGAUCGGGUUAAAAGUCAAGAAGGAGUUGGAGACAGACCCGCUUGCGCUUUCGUCGCAUCUUGAGAGCUCAAAUUUGACUAAGAAGGACAUAAAGCAUAUUAACAAACAGAAGAGAAAGGCAGAAGACUCAGCCAAGGAGAAAUCCAAGAAACCUCCCAAGAGAGUCAAAUUACCGAAGAGUGAAAAACCUCCUCCUCCAGAAAAGGACCAGCUUGUCUACCUCAGGCAGUAUCAUAAGGAUAAGGAUAACUGGAAGUUUUCCAAACAGAAACAGAACUGGAUCUUGAAGAAUAUUAGAAACAUACCUGGAGAAUAUGAAGAAGCCUUGUCUGUGUAUUUGGAAGGAUUGCAGGGAGGUUCCAGAACAAGAAUAGUGGAUAGUUUGAAGGCAGUGAUUGAGAAAUGGAAUGUACUUGCUGCUGAAGCUGAGGCUAAGGUUGAGAAAGAAUUAGAAGAAAAGCUUCUGGGCAAGAAGGCUGAGGAAGAGAAUGAAAAGAAGGGUGAAGAGAAGAAUGAAGAGAAGAAAAAGGAAACAGAAAAGGAAGAAGAUGCCGUAGAUCUUGAGUAUGCUUUGAGAUGUAGAAACUUGGUUUUCGUUUUGACAGACGAGAAGGUCCCGUUGAAGGGA